AUGGGAGUUGCUGGUGUAUUGGGCGCUGCCCUACUAUGCGUUAUUCAUGGCGCUACCGUAGAAAAUACCUUAUUUGAAGAUGGUGAUGGCGUAAAUACAUUCCGUGCUUUUAACCCAACCCAAGCAGAAGAAACUUAUUCAAUGGUUACUGCUAACCGCUUUUGGUCCCAAAUCUUUGGGGUUACUUUUUCCAAUAAACGUUGGUUACAUUUCUUUAUGUUAUUUGUACCGGUAACUGGUUUAUGGAUGAGUGCUCUUGGAGUAGUCGGUCUGGCCCUGAACCUACGUGCCUAUGACUUUGUUUCUCAAGAAAUCCGUGCAACGGAAGAUCCUGAAUUUGAGACUUUCUACACCAAAAAUAUUCUCUUAAACGAAGGUAUUCGUGUGUGGAUGGCGGCUCAAGAUCAGCCUCAUGAAAACCUUAUAUUCCCUGAGGAGAUUCUACCACGUGGAAACGCUCUUUAA